AACUCCGUCCAAUCAGUCGCUGCUAGAGUUCCGGCGGUUGCGAAUCGGGAUCCUCGUUCCCUUGAUGAUCCAGGGACGGAGCGCUGAAAUUGAUCACCCGACGCGCAUUCCUCUCGUGUCUCGAUGCCGAAUUAUGUAAUUGAAUGGGGGCCGUUAUGUAAGGACGAGCGGUGAGCGCGCGCGGCAGGUGUUGGUGAGCAGUGCGAAGUGUUCCGAAAUAUGUUUAUUUGAGCGGAGUGAGGUGCAAGCUGCAAAAUGGCGGACUUAGAGGCAGUGCUGGCCGAUGUCAGCUAUCUCAUGGCCAUGGAGAAGAGCAAGUGCACGCCAGCUGCGAGGGCCAGCAAGAAGAUUGUGCUGCCCGACCCCAGCGUUCGCAGCGUGAUGCACAAGUAUCUGGAGAAGAAGAACGAGGUGAACUUCGACAAGAUCUUCCAUCAAACGUUAGGUUAUCUAUUAUUUAAGGAUUUUUGCGAAAACCUGUCCGAAGUUCCCGUGCCUCAGCUUCGCUUCUACGAAGAGAUAAAGGCUUACGAGAAGCUCGAAUGCGCCGAAGAUAGGAUGAAGCAGGCGAGGGAUAUCUAUGAUAACUUUAUCAUGAAGGAGCUGCUGGCGAGGUCACACGACUACUCGAAGGAGUGCCUCCAGCACGUGCAGAAACACCUAAUGAAGAACGACGUUCCAGUCACACUGUUCGAGCCUUACAUAGAAGAAAUUUAUAACCAUUUAAGGGACGAGCCGUUCAAGAAAUUUUUAGAAAGCGAGAAGUACACUAGGUUUUGUCAAUGGAAAAAUUUAGAGUUAAAUAUACAGCUGACCAUGAACGACUUCAGCGUCCACAGGAUAAUAGGCAGGGGCGGCUUCGGCGAGGUGUACGGCUGUCGGAAGGCGGACACGGGGAAGAUGUACGCGAUGAAGUGUCUGGACAAGAAGAGGAUAAAAAUGAAGCAAGGGGAGACGCUGGCGCUGAACGAGCGCAUCAUGCUGUCGCUGGUCAGCACGGGCCAGGAUUGUCCCUUCAUAGUCUGUAUGACGUACGCGUUUCACACCCCCGACAAGCUCUGCUUCAUCCUGGACUUGAUGAACGGCGGCGACUUGCACUACCACCUCAGUCAGCACGGCGUCUUCAACGAGUCCGAGAUGAAGUUUUACGCCGCCGAAGUGAUAUUAGGUUUGGAACAUAUGCAUAGGAGGUAUAUUGUAUAUAGAGAUUUAAAACCUGCAAAUAUUCUAUUAGACGAACACGGCCAUGUUCGGAUAUCAGAUUUAGGUCUAGCCUGUGAUUUUUCGAAAAAGAAACCCCACGCUAGCGUAGGAACUCACGGUUACAUGGCACCGGAAGUGCUGUCGAAAGGCACGGCGUACGAUUCCAGUGCGGACUGGUUCAGUUUCGGCUGCAUGUUGUACAAAUUACUGAAGGGCCAUUCGCCUUUUCGUCAACACAAGACCAAAGACAAGCACGAGAUCGACAGGAUGACACUGACAAUGAACGUCGAACUUCCCGAUUCGUUCAGCAAAGAACUGAAGUCCUUACUCGAAGGGCUGCUGCAAAGGGACGUCGAUAAAAGACUGGGCUGCAAGGGCAACGGGGCGGACGAAGUGAAGGAGCACCCGUUCUUCGCGGGGAUCGACUGGCAGCAGGUAUAUUUGCAGAAGUACACGCCGCCGCUGAUACCGCCGAGGGGGGAGGUGAACGCGGCGGACGCCUUCGACAUCGGGUCGUUCGACGAGGAGGACACGAAGGGGAUCAAGCUAACCGACGCCGACCAGGAGCUCUACAAGAACUUCCCGCUGGUCAUCUCCGAGCGGUGGCAGAACGAAGUCGCCGAGACCGUCUUCGAGACCAUCAACUUCGAGGCGGACAAAGUCGAGCACAAGAAGAAAGCCAAGCAGAAGAAGCUCUUCGACCUCGACGAGAAAGAGUCCGACUGCAUCCUCCACGGCUACAUCAAGAAGCUCGGCGGCCCGUGGACGUCCAACUGGCAGAUGAGGUACGCGAAGCUGUACCCCAACCGGCUCGAGCUCCACCCGGACUCGGCCAAGCCGGAGAUGGUGUUCAUGGACCAGGUGGAGGAGGUCAGUCCCGAGCUCGUCCAGGUGAAAAACGAAAACUGCAUCGUCGUCAGGAUGAGGGACGGCAAGAUCGUCCUCACGAAUCCGGACGAAAUAGGCCUAAAAGAAUGGCUUACGUCACUCAAGUCUGCUCACAAGCUGUCUCAGGAGUUACUCGGUUCCAUGGCGAAGAAGGCCGGGAAGAUCUACGGAACGGAUUCGAACAAUAAAAAUGCGAUAAUAGCGGCACAUCGUAACACAAACGGUAACUAAAAAGCGAAGAGUCCUGCAGUGAAGAGGGAAAGAGUCAAUGCGGGCUACAAGCGAUUUCGCGAAGAUAAAAAUUUCUUGCAAUGUCUAGGCACUAUUGUUGUUGCUCCCUAUUUUUUAUUAGUUUAUGUUUUAAUGUAAGUUUAAAAAGGAUAAGAUAAUUUCUCCUCGCAACAUUUAUAUAUUGAAGUACGUUGCGGAUUUGUAUUAACUUAAAUUCAUGACAAGUGUAUUAUCGUUAUUUAUAUUAUUUAUGCGAAUAGAAUUUUGCUUUGAGCAGGUACUUGUAAUGGUAGUAUCAUUUGCGAGCUGUUCUGGGAACGUAGCAGCAAAAACGCACAUUCCAAUCGAUCUUUUCACAAAUCUAGUCAACACAGGACAAACCGGAGAAUCAAACUAUUUUUUUAUUCGAUUAUUGAAUUGUUACGUUGUCAGAACGGUUCCUUUUUAUUUCUAUUCUGUUUCUAAUUUAUUCGUUGGGAACGGAUCAGCGAGCGCGGCGAGCCGCGCUCGCCGAUUUCUUGUCGACACACUGUAUAUUCCUGAACAGAGAUGUUCGUCUCACUGGUACCAACACCAAGCUAAUAAGUCACUAGAAUAGCUUGUAUGCCAGCUGCACUAUCUGUAAAUACUUGCUUGUUUCAAUUAUUUAAUUUUACCUAGGGUAAAGCUGGCGGCGGCCGCUGCGACGGCCGCCGCCACCGCUUUUUCGUUAAGAUUCAAUCAAAUAUUUUGUACAUUUUUGUAUAUAUUUCGAUUAAUUUCGUGUGAAAAUGGUGAUUUAUUUUCCUCACUUGUUAUUAAAUUGUUGAGAGAUUUUCAUCUCGUAAAUGUAGAAGAAUUUUCUUCCAUCUCAGUGUGAAAACCGCUUCAAAAUUUCUUUCACCUUUCGCCGCGCGCGCGCUCCGCCGCCCGGACUAGGGAUUUUCGGGCGGCGGCGCGCGGCCGUCGCGAAAACGUCGCAUAACCACCGUGUAAAAAGUGUUUUUUAUCGAUUUUUAUUUUCAUAUGCGCUAGGCCUUUACUAGGUUAACUGUCGUCAAGUAUCGAUCAUUUUUAAAACGCCUCACUGCCCAAGUCGGUCGGAUUUUAAAAGCGACCGAUACCGCCUGUGCGUGAAAAUGUACAUUUUUGUAUAGAGUGUGAUCUAGAUGUUUGUGCCAUUGUAUCCGGGAUAAUUUUUUUAACGACUAACCAAUAACCAGAUGGCAAAGAAAAGUCUCGUCGUCUUGCCACCGAGUACCGGUCGGUGGCCCGGAAUCCCCCAGAUGUCGUUGUUGUGCCAAAUUGAAACAAACAGUUGGCAGCGCUGCCCCCGACCCGGUACUCCAUGAGAUGAACAAUCACUAGCAUCAAUGUUUAGGACAGCAAUAUAGUUGUUUUCGUGUCUAGUAAUUUAAGGUUGGUAGCGUUAAGGUGCGUUCACACACUUUCGGCCGAUUACUUAAACCGACGCACACUAGCGCCGCCUACAUCACCGUUUUGUAAUUUUUAUAAUUUUUCUACGACAAACAAAUCAGUAUUGUUGGGUCCGGCGCGGACUCCUCAGUCCCUUCAUCGAUACGAAGGAGUCGGCGCGAGCGUAGAUACGUAGCCAUAUUGUAACCCUAAAUUAGCUUAGGACACCUUUUGCGGGAACUCCGAGCCCUUGGUUCGGCAAAAGGGUCAUCUGUGUUGCUCGCGCCGACCUGCGGCGACCACAAAGCGACAAUCAGUACGACGUAUUGUUCCGAUUACGAACACAAGUCGCUGAGACGCAGAAACCGACGCGUCGUUGCACAGAAACCGGUUGCACGACUCUGCGAUAACCGAACAGUAUUCGCUUCACUGCCGAAGUCACAACAAUCAAAACAGGAAAACGAUGCUUCAAAAUCAACCUCACGCACAAAACCGAAACCGACGCGACAAACCGGUUUCACGUAAGCAACCAAACGACGUCCCAGUGGCUUGUGCGACCAGUCGAAAGAUCUCAGUUCAAGUGAUAGAAACGUGUGAUAGUAAGGAAGUGGUCGAGGAGUUGGCGCCCGACCGCUGAAUUCGGGUAGUUUUAUAUAUUUUUUUAUUUUCGGUUCGAGAAUGAAUGUGUUUACAAUCCAAUACAAAAAGUACGGUAUUCUAAAUAAUCAGUAGGUUGGACAAUGUAUCAGAUAGGACAAUUUAUUAACUUGGUAUCGUCUCAUCGAGUCAUGCAGUAACUGUGGAUGUAUAGUAAUUAUUUAAACAAACAAAAAUAGAUAUUGAUACCUCUUUAAGUUAGUUUUUAAGUUAUUAGAUGUCAAUGUUGUACAUAUUGCAUUAAAGUCACGUUUAUAGACUCAA